GCCUCUUUCUACUCGACUGCUCUCAAAACUCUGAUCUCCGUGUCAACUGUGAUACUCCUUGGCCUCAUAUUCGCUUACCACGCUUUGGAAGUUCAGUUAUUCAUGAUCGACAACUGCGCCGACGAUUGGCGCAUCGCAAUGACCUGGCAGCGGAUACUCCAGAUAACCGUCGAGAUCGUCAUAUGCGCCGUGCACCCGAUACCCGGUGAAUAUUACUUCCUUUGGACGACCAAGUUGGCCAACAAGGGCGGCGACAUCGGCAGCAGGUGGGUACCCUACGACGUGCCCCUGUCGCUACCCAUGUUUCUACGGCUGUACCUCAUCUGUCGGGUCAUGCUGCUCCACUCGAAACUCUUCACCGAUGCCUCGUCGAGGAGCAUCGGGGCGCUCAACCGCAUCAACUUCAACACGCGCUUCGUGCUCAAGACGCUCAUGACCAUUUGCCCGGGCACUGUGCUGCUCGUGCUCAUGGUCUCGCUGUGGAUCAUUGCCUCGUGGACCCUCAGGCAGUGCGAAAGGUUUCACGACGAGGAGCACGCGAACCUGCUCAACUCGAUGUGGCUAAUCGCCAUCACCUUCCUCAGCGUCGGCUUCGGCGACAUCGUGCCCAACACAUACUGUGGCCGGGGCAUCGCGGUGUCCACCGGCAUCAUG